UCGCUGCGGGGUUUCGGAUGCCCCGCCUCGAGCUGCAUCACCCCUCAUUUGUCAGUAGCACAUAAAUCAUGUACCGAUGCGAAGGUGAGCCUGCUGAGAGAUUGCUUCAAUUCAACUUCCGCUACAUAUACACAGCCUGUCAACCAAACUCAGUGCAAUUAUGUCUUCUUCUACCGAACUUCAGCUGGGCCGUCUCAACAACAAAGUCGCUAUCGUCACUGGUGGUGCCAGUCCUCUCGGCUUCGGUGCAGCCAUAGCUCGACGCUUCGUCUCGGAAGGUGCAAAGGUUAUAAUUGGCGACUUGGACUCUUCUGGUGCCGAAUCGGUAGCUUCUUCGCUUUCGUCCCCCAAUGUCAAAGGUGUGGCCAUGGAUGUCUGCUCCGAGAAUGAUUGGAGACGUGUAGUCGACAUGGCGGCCAAAGAGUUUGGAAGGUUGGAUAUCGUUGUCAACAAUGCGGGAGUGACUUAUAGAAAUAAGCCAACUGCUGAAGUCACAGAGCAGGAGUUCGAGAGAGUGAUGUCGGUCAACGUGAAGAGCAUAUACUGGUCCGUCCGCAUCGCCAUUCCGCAGAUGCAGAAGCAGGGCGACGGUGGAAGUAUUAUCAACAUCUCGUCAUCUGGAAGCAUAAGGCCUAGACCGGGCUUGGUGUGGUACAACGCCAGCAAGGGUGCGGUAUCGAAUGCAACCAUGGCACUGGCUGCAGAGUAUGGACCUGACCAGAUCAGAGUGAACGCGAUUGCUCCUCUGCUGUCGGCAACCGGAUUGUUCGAGUCGUUUGUUGGAGUCAAAGACACGCAGGAAAAUAGGGACAAGUUUGCGGCGUCGAUCCCGCUAGGCAGACUGACGGACCCCGUGGAUGUAGGCAAUGCCUGUGUGUUCCUGGCGUCUGACGAAGGAAGGUUUGUAACAGGGACGAACAUGAGCGUGGAUGGGGGUAGACACAUCUGA